AAUUUUGAACCUUGCGAUGAGUCCGUGAACGCAACUGGCACCGUCCAACAUGGCGGCUCAGCGUAGGAAUCUGAUGCAGAGCCAUCAGAGCUGGACAGAUGACCUGCCUUUGUGUGAGAUGUGUGGGGUUGGCACAGCACCCAACUGUGUGUAUGGCCCUGAUGGUAAAGGGAGUCAGAGCCACUCCAAUGAGGAUGGACACCUCGGGUUCAGAGGAGAGGAUGGCUGUUUCCUCUAUGGGGUUUUAAAUGGUUUUGAUGGCAACAGAGUGGCCAGUGUUGCCUCCCAGUGUCUAACAGCUGAACUGCUGCUAGGACAGCUAAACUCCAGUCACACAGACAGCGACGUCCGCAGGAUCCUCACACAGGCCUUUGAUGUGGUGGAGAAGAGCUACUUUGAGACGAUAGAUGACGCUCUGGCUGAGAAAGCUCACCUGUCCAACUACCUUCUACCACACAAUGAGAAUGUGUCAUUCCACCAGCAUUCUUCUCAGAGUCAAAAAGUGCAGGAGCGUCUGAAGGAGCUGGAGCAGGAGGUGUCUGGAGGAGCUACGGCCGUGGUGGCACUGAUCCUCAACAACAAGCUUUAUAUUGCCAAUGUUGGUACCAACCGGGCACUGCUGUGCAAGUCCAGCAGCGAUGGCCAGAACCAGGUUCUCCAGAUUGGCCGACCACACAGCACUGACAAUGAAGACGAGCUGCAGAGACUGGCUGCACUGGGUUUGGAUUCCGCCCGUAUAAGGCAGGCGGGGCAGAUCGCUGGUCAGAGCAGCACCAGAAGGCUCGGAGACUACCGGGUUAAGUUCAACUACAAUGAAAUCGACUUAAUCAGUGCGGCCAAGACGAGGCCAGUCAUCGCAGAGCCAGAGAUUCAUGGCAGCCAGUCUUUGGACAACGUGACGGGCUUCUUGUUGCUGAUGUCAGAAGGUCUCAUCAAUGCCCUUGAGUCUGCCCACGGCCCAGAACAGGCCAAUCAGGAAAUUGUUGCCAUGGUAGCAGCAGAGCUGGCCCAACAGACCAGUCUAGAGGCAGUGGCUCAGUCUGUGGUGGACCGCGUCAAACGGCUGCACCACGACGUCUACGUAUCCGGCCGUCAGAGGGCGGCCUACUGUUCUCGGCACGAGGACAUGACCCUGCUCAUCCGCACGCUCAACUAUCCGCUAGCUGACGGAGCGGUCACGCCCACACAGGGUGGACGUAUCUACCCUGUAUCAGUGCCCUACUCCAACAGCCAGAGCACUAGUAAAACCAGUGUCACCCUCUCACUGGUCAUGCCCUCUCAAAGUACCCUCACCAAUGGAACCAACACUGCUUCCACACUGGAGGAAGGCACCCCCACACCAGGCAGUCAGAGCCCCACAGCCACCCUCCAGUCUACCAACACCCAGACGCAGAGCUCCAGCUCCAGCUCGGGAGAUGGAAGCCUCUUCCGCCAGAGAGGCAGCCAGGCGGCUCAGCCCGACGAGACGGGAAGGGUCCCACCUUACGUGGACUUCAGCCAGUUUUACCGGCUGUGGGGAAGUGACCACAGCGAAGGCCAAAGCGCUCAGGGAGGACUGGGACCCCAGUGAGGAGCACAAGGAGGGUGCUGGGUGCCAGAUAGAAAGGGACGGACUGCUUUUUCUGGCAGCGAUAAGGCACAUGGAUUGAGAAGGAACAAAGAUUUUAAGAGGUUGAGAUAACAGAUGAAACGCUUUUAAAGUAUCAUAACUAUUAAGUCACCUAAAGGUGCAUGGGGACCUAUGGAAGAUGGACUGGGGCUUUGAAGUUCUUGCUAUAUAAUGGUGGGUGAAGCCAGUGGGCAAAGAAUAACCCUUAAACAGUGAGGAAAUGGUGUCACUACACACCAUAAAGUGAUGUUUGCUCUUCUGUAAUAGAUGCUGGUCAUGAGUGAAUGUGAAUAUAUGUAAUCUAGAUUGUAGCCAUUGUUGUCAGAUGUAAAAACAUGUAUCUGCAAGCAGGAAUCUCAGAAACUAUGAAGUUUGCGGAGUUGAGAAUGAUUACAUACUGUAAUGUAUGUAAUACUGGGAUGAAUAGAUGCGUUUGAAAUUACUGCUUUAUUUGUAAUGAAAGUAUAUCUCCAAAUUAAUCAAAA